CCGAGGACUUUGCAACUUGCCCGGGAAGGUGGAGGGGCGAGAGGGGGAGGGGGACCUCCGCACGAGACCGAGCGGCCCGGGUUGGAGCGCCCAGCCCCGCGGCGGAUCAUGGUGCAGCAGGCGGAGAGCUUGGAAGCGGAGAGCAACCUGCCCCGGGAGGCGCUGGACACGGAGGAGGGCGAAUUCAUGGCUUGCAGCCCGGUGGCCCUGGACGAGAGCGACCCGGACUGGUGCAAGACGGCGUCGGGCCACAUCAAGCGGCCGAUGAACGCCUUCAUGGUGUGGUCCAAGAUCGAGCGCAGGAAGAUCAUGGAGCAGUCCCCGGACAUGCAUAACGCGGAGAUCUCCAAGAGGCUGGGCAAGCGGUGGAAAAUGCUGAAGGACAGCGAGAAGAUCCCGUUCAUCCGGGAGGCGGAGCGGCUGCGGCUCAAGCAAGGCCGACUACCCGACUACAAGUACCGGCCCCGGAAAAAAGCCAAAAUGGACCCCUCGGCCAAGCCCAGCGCCAGCCAGAGCCCCGAGAAGAGCGCGGCGGGCGGCGGCGGCGGCGGCGGCGGCGGGGGUGCGGGCGGCGGCGCGGGCGGCGCCAAGACCUCCAAGGGCUCCAGCAAGAAAUGCGGCAACGUCAAGGCCCCCGCGGCCCCCGCGGCCGGCGGCGCCAAGGCCGGCGCGGGCAAGCGGGCCCAGCCCGGGGACCUGGGCGGCGCGGGCGACGACUACGUGCUCGGCAGCCUGCGCGUGAGCGGCGCGGGCGGCGGCGGCGGCGGCGCGGGCAAGACGGUCAAGUGCGUGUUCCUGGACGAGGACGACGAGGACGACGAGGACGACGACGAGCUGCAGCUGCGGAUCAAGCAGGAGGCGGACGACGACGACGACGAGCCGCCGCACCAGCAGCUCCUGCAGCCCCCGGGCCAGCAGCCGCCGCAGCUGCUGAGACGCUACAACGUCGCCAAAGUGCCCGCCAGCCCCACGCUGAGCAGCUCGGCCGAGUCCCCCGAGGGCGCGAGCCUGUACGACGAGGUGCGGGCCGGCGCGACCUCGGGCGCCGGGGGCGGCAGCCGCCUCUACUACAGCUUCAAGAACAUCACCAAGCAGCACCCGCCGCCGCUCGCGCAGCCCGCGCUGUCGCCCGCGUCCUCGCGCUCCGUCUCCACCUCGUCGUCGUCCUCGUCCAGCAGCAGCGGCAGCAGCAGCAGCGGCGCCGGCGACGACGCCGACGACCUGAUGUUCGACCUGAGCUUGAAUUUCUCCCAGAGCGCGCACAGCGCCGGCGAGCAGCAGCUGGGGGGCGGCGCGGCGGCCGGGAACCUGUCCCUGUCUCUGGUGGAUAAGGAUUUGGAUUCGUUCAGCGAGGGCAGCCUGGGCUCCCAUUUCGAGUUCCCCGACUACUGCACGCCCGAGCUGAGCGAGAUGAUCGCGGGGGACUGGCUGGAGGCGAACUUCUCCGACCUGGUGUUCACGUAUUGAGAGGGGCGCCCCGCUUCUCGCUCUUUCUCUCCGCGGGGUGCAGAGCAGGGUUCCUCGGGAGGAAGUCGCGGUGGUCAUGAUGAUGAUGAUGGUGUCGAUGGUGUCGAUGGUGGUGGUGGUAGGGUGGAGGGAGAAGAAGACGCUGGUCUUGAUAUGAUGUCGUGACACAAAGAAAUUGGAAAAGAUGAUGAAAAUUUUGGUGGAGUUAAAGUGAAAUGAGUAGUUUUAAAACAUUUUUUCCUGUCCUUUUUUUGCUCCCCUCCCUUCCUUUAUCGUGUCUCAAGGUAGUUGCAUACCUAGUCUGGAGUUGUGAUUUUUCCCCCCAAAUGUGUUUUUGUAAUUACUACUUCUUUUUCCUGAAAUUCGUGAUUGCAACAAAGGCGGAGGGGACAGGGCGGGGGAGGGGAGGGAGGACCCGCUCCGGAAGGCGCUGUUUGAAGCUUGUCGGUCUUUGAAGUCUGGAAGACGUCUGCAGAGGACCUUUUGGCAGCACAACCGUUACGCUAGGGAGUUGGUUGGAGAUUUUUUUUUUUUUUUUCUUAAGAGAUCUUAAAGAACUGGUGAUUUUUAAAAAAAAAAACAAACACAAAAACAAAAAAGGGACCAUUGCAACUUUUUUAUUUUAUUUUAUUUUUUUGGAGGGAGAAAACUGAUGUCUUCUAUGCAUCCGAUUCUUAACAAAACUGCAGGGAGCUUGAAAAAAUGCAGACUGUACAAACGCUCACAAAAAAAAAAAAAAAAAAACAAAAAACAAAAAAAAAAAAACAAAAAAAAAAACAAAAAAAAACUGUGAACUGACUUAAGAUCAGAGUUUACUUUUCAGAUCAAAUUGUUUAUGGUUUUACAAUGUGAUUUCUACUUGCCAACUUUUUUUUUGUAACUUGUUCCCUUAUACCUCCUUGAUUGAAUACCAGACAGCCUAGACCUCAGUACAAAAGGUAUUGAAACAUUUUUGAUACAUAACAGACCUCAGUCUUUUUUAAAAAUUAAUAUAUUUUCAGGCGUAUUUUUGUACAGUGAAAAGGGAACAUUCUUGCUGUGUUUUUUCAGUAAGACUUUCAGGCACUUCUUCCCUUUUGAUUUUUUUUUUCCUUUUUUAUUUUUUUUAUUUUUUUUAAUUUUUUAUUUUAUUUUUUUUUUUAGCAUGCAAGUAUGUUGGUACGUGAUGUCCUGGUUUAAAAGGAUUAAAAUUUUUAAAUAAUCCUUGCAUCUAAAGGCCUUGUGGUUAAAAAAAAAAAAAACUUUUUUUUUUGUACAGCUAUAGUAGAGAUUUGUUCAAUAUUUGUAGGUUAAAGAUUUAUUGAAAAUGGUGAUAUAGACCUCAGAGCUGUUAUCUUAGUUUAAAGAUUGUAUAUGUACUGUACUAUACUAGGACUUUAUGUAUCUCAUACGCUGUGAUAUGUGGAUGGGGCCCCAGAUGGAAGGUUUGAAACUGGAUUCUCGAUUUUUAGCAAAAAAAAAAAAAAAAAAAGAAAAGAAAAAAAAGGCACAUAGUUUAAAAAGUUUCUCAUUUUGUGCAAUAUAAUCUAAAUAAAGUACAGACCAUCUGCAUAUUUUGUAGCAAAUGGUGGCAAAGCAGACUCAAUGCACUGUCGACAUCCUUGCCUGUUUUGUUUUGUUUUUUUUUUUUGGUUUUUUUUAUUUGUUUGUUUUUGUUUUUUGGGGUUUUUUUGGUGCUGGAAGUCUGUAUCUUGACAAUUUUAAUAAAUCAGCUGGAACUGAUAGAAA